UUUUUUUUUUUUUCCCCCUCCUUCUCUCUCUCUCUUUCACUCCUUCUCUUCAUCCAUGCCGAAGAAGCAGAAGGUGGGCAAGACCCGCCGCGACAAGUUCUACAAGCUUGCCAAGGAAGCUGGUUACCGCUCCCGCGCGGCCUUCAAGCUGAUUCAGCUCAAUCGCAAGUACAACUUCCUCGGAACGUCCCGCGUCCUGCUCGAUCUAUGCGCAGCGCCUGGUGGCUGGCUGCAAGUCGCGUCAAAGCACAUGCCAGUGUCCAGCGUCAUCAUCGGCGUCGAUCGCGUGCAAAUCAAACCCAUCCACAACGUCAUCUGCUUGACGGAGGACAUUACGACAGACAAGUGCCGCGCCGCCAUUCGCAAGGAGACGAAAGGGUGGAAGGUCGAUUGCGUGCUGCACGACGGUGCGCCGAACGUCGGUACGUCGUGGACACAGGAUGCCUACACCCAGGCAGCACUUGUGCUCAUGUCGCUCAAGAUUGCCUGCGAGCAUCUCGGCCAAGGCGGCUGGUACAUUACCAAGGUCUUCCGAUCCGCCGACUACAACGCCCUCGUCUGGGUCUUUCAGCAAUUCUUCAAAAAGGUCCACGCCACCAAGCCCCAGGCCUCGCGUAACGAGUCUGCGGAAAUCUUCGUCGUCUGCCAAGGCUACAACAAGCCCGACAAGAUUGACCCGCGCAUGUUCGACCCCAAGUACAUCUUUUCCGAGGUCGAGGCGCCCGCCAAGCCUGUCGACUUGAUGAGCGACAAGCCUGCCAAGAAGGCCAAGGCCGUCGGCUACCCGGAUGGUGACGCUGGCUUCCAUCGUCAGCUCUCCGCCCAGACGUUUGUGCUGUGCGACGAGCCAAUCACCUUUCUGGCCCAGGCCGCGCGCAUCGUCUUUGACGAUUCUCCCGGCAUCGAUCCCGUCACAAAGCGCCCGCUGCCCAGCAUCUACUUGACACAUCGCGAGACGACCGACGAAAUCAAGGCGUGCUGCGCAGACAUUCGCGUUCUCGGCAAGUCCGAAGUCAAAAACCUGCUUCGCUGGCGCCUGUUGAUGCGCGAGUACUCUGACGCCCUCGAAAAGCUCAGCGGAGGCAAAAAGAAGGCUGCCCUGGCAGCAGCAGACGAGAGUCCGGAGACCGCCCUCAAGCGUGCACGAAGCGAGAUGGAGGGCUCGGACGACGAUGACGGCGACGAUGGCAGCGAAAACUCGGACGACGAGGAAAGCGAGGAUUCGUCCGAAGACAGCGAGGAAGACACUGACGACGAGAAUGCCAUGGAAACAGAGGUGUCCGACCUCGAGAAGGCCGCCCUGGCCGAGCGCAAGCGCCUUCGUCGCAAGGCGUACAAGAAGCGCAUCAAGAUGCGCGAGCGCCUCAACCUCAAGAUGGAUCUUCCCGACGACGUGCACGACAUUGCGCGCGACGACACGCUGUUCGACCUCAACACAAUCCACUCGGCCAACGCCCUCAAGCGCGUGGCGGCAGCGGACGUGAAUUCGCUCAACACUCCCGAGCUGCUCAACGUCGCCUCGGAAUCGCAUGAUAUUGUUGUGGAGCGACCAAAGGUCGUCACGAUCAAGGACAUGUACGACGAUGACUUUGACAGCGCCGAGGACGACGACACGGACGACGAAACUGGCGAAUCCCACUACUCGCGUGCCAUGGACCGCUACCUCGACAAAAUGUACGAGGCGUACAAGGAAAAGAAGAAUUCCAAGGUCGCUCGCGUCCGCAAGGGCAAGCGCGUCAAGAAGCUCCGCGACGCCACUGGUGCCAUUAUCGACCCAGCAACCGCUGCCACAGAAGAAGCCGACGAUUCCGACGAUCCCGAGUAUGCCGGCUUGGACGAGGACGAGCGCCGCGAAAAGCAAUUGGAGAAGCUCUACAAGACAAAGAUUGUUCCCGACAUGACCUCUUCCCUGCUCGACCGCGACGGCACGGGCCACGUUGAAGACGAAGGCGACGAUUCGGACGACUCGGAUGACAUGGAGGGCAGCGAGGACGAGGACGAGGACGAGGAAGACGGCGACGACAGUGAUGCGAGCGGCGCGGAUGACAGCGACGAUGAAUUGCACGCGCAGCAACGCAUGAUGGCCGUCGAUGACGCCGACGAGCCCAAGCGCAAGGGUGUCUUCCGAGCGCCUGCUCGCAACGAGAACCCGCUGUUGGCCAAUCUGGAGGAAAAUUCCCUGACCUCGUCCAAGAAGGCCAAGCUCUGGUUUAGCGACAAGCUGUUCGCUGACAAUGGCGCCGACGACGACGACGACGACCUCGAAAUCAAACGACUCAAGCUCAUGGCCAAGCGUGCUUCUGGCAAGGCUGCUGCAGCAGAUUCCGACGCCAGCGAUGAAGAUGACGAUGACGACGAUGAUGAUGAUGAUGAAGAAGACGAAGAGGAAGAUGACGAGCCCAAGGCCAGCAGCUCCAAGCACGCCAAGCAAGGCAAGCAAGCCGCAGCUGCGCAGCCACAAAAGAACCAGAAGCAGCAGCAACAACAACAACGCAACAGUAAGAAUGGUCGACCUGCUCCGAUCAACUCUGUCAGUGCGGAUGGCUUUGAAAUUGUUCCCGCUGAAAAUGUGGCUCGCCACGACUCGGACGAUGACGAUGACGCGCCCGAAGGCGAGACGCCCAAGGAGCGCAGCCUGCGGCUCAAGAAGCAGUCCCUCACCCCCGAAGGUCUGGCUCUCGGUACCCUGAUGCUCUCGCGCGCCAAGAAGCGCGACCUGGUCGAUGCCUCGUACCACCGCUACGCCUUUGCCGACAAACUCGAAAUGCCCUCUUGGUUUGCCGAGGAUGAGGUGCAGCACAUUCAGCCAACACUGCCAAUCACCAAGCAGAUGGUGCGCGAGUACCGCCAACGCUUGCGCGAUCUGAACGCCACCCCCAUCAAGAAGGUGGCCGAGGCCAAGGCGCGCAAGCGCAUGCGUCUCGAGCGCAACGUCACCAAGGCCAAGCAGAAGGCGCAGGCCAUCAACGACGCCCCAGAUCUUACCGAGGCUCAAAAGGCUCGCCAGAUUGCCAAGCUCAUGAAGUCCAGCUCUCGCCAAAAGAAGGUCGACGUCAAGUACAUUGUGGCGCGCAAGGAUGGUUCGUCCAAGCCUCGCGGCAUGAAGGGCCCGUACAAGAUGGUCGACGGCCGUAUGAAAAAGGAGGUGCGCUCUGCCAAGCGAAGAGAUCGCAAGGCUCGCAGCAGGCGAUAAGCUGCUGCUGGGUUAACUUUGAGUUUUUUUGUUUUCCUUGCUUGGAGUUCUAGUCUUUGGUGGAUUUUGUUUUGUUGUCUUUAUUCAUUCAUUGUUGGUGUUGUCAAAGACCCCUCAAACAAACAAACAAAAAAAAAAAAAAACCACCCACAUCCAUU